AUGUCUAGCACCGAGCACGACCAGGGUGCUAUCCCGGUCAUCGACAUAUCAAAUCCAUCCGAAGAGGUAGCCCAACAAGUUCUCGAUGCAGCAUCUAAGCAUGGCUUUCUCUACAUAAAGAAUGAUGGUGCAACCAUCCCACCUCAAGACAUAGACGAUAUGUUCAAACUUAGCAAACAAUUCUUCGCCUCCCCAAAAGAACAAAAGGCCGAAUACGCAAUCCACUCAGACAAAGCCGGCGGCAUAAACCGCGGUUGGGUAUCCAUGCAAGGUGAAUCGCUCGACCCCCAAGGCCAAAAGCAAGGCGACCCAAAAGAAGCCUUCAACAUCGCCCCACCGCAACCAGCCCUCCAACCCCUCCCUUCCCCCCUCUCCUCCUCCACACCCUUGAUAUCCCGCUUCCAAACCUCCUGCCACACCCUCUGCACACAGAUCCUCUCCCUCCUCUCCACCGCCCUCCUCAUCCCCGAAAAAGACUACUUCAGCACCCGCCACGACCAAUCUCGCGGCCCUUCAGGUACCAUCUUCCGUCUACUGUACUACCCCAAGACAUCAUCGUCUGCUACGGCGACAUCCGACGAAAUCAGCAUCCGCGCAGGCGCGCACUCGGAUUACGGGAGCGUCACGCUGCUGUUCCGGCUCCCCGGGCAGGCUGGCUUGGAGCUGCUAACGAAGAACGGGGAAAGCUGGGUUCCCGUGCCUGUGAAUCCCGAUCCGGAUGCUCUAGAGCAUCCGCCUAUUUUGGUUAACAUUGGGGAUUUGCUGUGCUAUUGGACGAAUGGGCUGCUCAAGUCGACGGUGCAUCGUGUGACGUUUGGCGGUGGGGAGGAGAGGUAUAGCAUGGCGUAUUUUUGUCACCCGCUGGAUGACGUGCGGUUGGAGGCUGUGCCUAGUGCGUUGAUUGAAGAGUUUGGGCGUGAGGGGAAGGGGGAGAAGGAGUUGAGGAGUCAGAGGCAGAGGUUGGGGUUGAGUGAGGAAGGGGAGGAUGAGGUUAUUACUGCCAAGGGGCAUUUGGAGAGGAGGCUGAAGGUUACGUAUGGGAUUUAA